AUGGGUCUUCCGAGUCCAGGGUGGAGCUCGUGCCUCCGCCAUGGCUCCGUGCUCCUCUUGCCGCUGCUCCUGUCAGCCCUGCUGUGUUCUUCCUGGAGGGCGGCCGCUCAGGCUCAGGCUCCGCCGCCGCCGCCGCAGACCGACCCGACCGAAGCGGCGGCCGUGAACGCGAUACUGGGGAAGCUGGGGCUAGCGGCGCCGGCGUCGUGGAACAUCAGCGGCAACCCCUGCAGCGGCGCCGCCACGGACGACACGCCGCUGGACGACAACCCCAACUUCAACCCGGCCAUCAAGUGCGACUGCACCGACCAGAACGGCACCCUCUGCCACGUCACCAGACUGAAGAUAAACUCGCUGGACGCGGCUGGCCCCAUUCCGGAAGAGUUGCGGAACCUCACCCACCUCAUCAAACUGGACUUCAGGAAAAAUAGCUUGACCGGCCCUUUGCCAGCGUUCAUCGGAGAACUGACUGCGCUGAAGUACAUAACCGUGGGCACCAAUGCAUUAUCCGGACCUGUCCCAAAGGAGCUUUGGAAUCUUACAGAUCUCGUAUCACUUGCAUUGGGCUCAAACCAUUUUAACGGCUCACUUCCAGAUGAGCUGGGAAAAUUGACAAAGCUUCAGCAGCUGUACAUUGAUAGUAAUGACUUCACUGGUUCUCUACCAGCGGCGCUGUCCCAGCUUACAAACCUUUCAACCUUGUGGGCAUCAGACAAUAGUUUCACCGGGCAGAUACCUGAUUUUCUUGGGAGUUUGACCAACAUGACCCAACUGAGGCUCCAAGGGAACUCUUUUCAAGGACCGAUUCCCAGAAGUCUUUCUAAUCUUAUCAAGUUGACAAGCCUGAGAAUAGGCGAUAUUGUAAAUGGAAGCUCUUCAAUGGCGUUUGUCGGAAACAUGAAAUCUUUGGGUGAACUAGUAUUGAGGAACGGCAAGAUAUCUGACACACUUGCAUCAGUAGACUUCUCCAAAUUUGUAAAUCUGACUUUACUGGAUUUGAGUUUUAACAAUAUCACAGGCCAAAUGCCUCGGUCAAUCUUUGAUCUUCCUAUGCUUAGUUAUCUAUUUCUUGGCAAUAAUAGCCUUUCGGGAAGUCUACCAGCCACGAAAUCUCCGCUACUCGCCAAUUUAGAUUUUUCAUACAACCACCUCUCAGGAAGCUUUCCUUCUUGGGUUACCCAGAAAAACCUACAAUUGAAUUUGGUGGCAAAUGACUUUGUGAUCGAUAGCUCCAAUAACAGUGUUUUGCCGUUUGGGUUGAAUUGUCUUCAGCGAAAUACCCCCUGUUCUCUUGGCUCUCCGCACUCUUCCUCCUUAGCGGUGGACUGUGGUGGUAGUAGAACCAUAUCAGGCUCAGACAAUGCCAUGUAUCAGGCUGAUAAUGCCAAUCUUGGUGCUGCAUCAUAUUAUGUUGGGGGUGCACCUAUCUGGGGUGUUAGCAGUAGUGGAAGAUUCAUGGACCCACCCAAUGGAAGUUACAUAAUCUACAGUUCACGCCAAUUUCAGAACACACUAGAUUCUGGACUGUUCCAAACAGCAAGGAUGUCACCAUCGUCUUUGAGAUACUAUGGCCUUGGACUCGAGAAUGGAAACUAUACAGUGACACUUCAGUUUGCAGAGUUUGACUCCCCUGAUCCACAGGCUUGGAAAAGCAGAGCGAGAAGAGUUUUUGAUAUCUAUCUCCAGGGAGAGCGCAGGGAGCAGAACUUCGACAUAAGAAAGGCUGCAGGAGGGAAAUCUUUCGUUGUUGUAAAGAAGCAGUAUGUUGUUCCUGUGGUAAAAAACUUCCUUGAGAUUCAUCUCUUCUGGGCUGGCAAGGGUACUUGCUGCAUUCCUACUCAAGGCUACUAUGGGCCUGCAAUAUCGGCUUUGAGCGCAACCCCAAAUUUCAUCCCUACUGUGCAUUACUCUGUGGACAGCAAGAGCAGCAAUAAAACUGGUGUGAUUGUUGGAGUCGUAAUUGGUGUUGCUGUUUGUUUGCUGGCUGCUCUUGCUGGAGUCUUUGUAUGGAGGCAGAAAAGGAAAAAAAUGUUAUUGGAGUUAGAAGAGCUGUACACUAUAGUUGGAAAACCAAAUGUAUUCAGUUAUAGUGAGCUAAGAUCAGCCACAGAAAAUUUUGAUUCCAGUAACCUACUUGGUGCAGGAGGAUAUGGAUCGGUUUACAAGGGUAAGUUAAGUGAUGGAAGAGUGGUGGCAGUGAAGCAGCUCUCUGAAUCAUCUAAUCAGGGGAAAGUUCAAUUUGCUACAGAAAUAGAGACUAUAUCAAGGGUGCAACACCGUAAUCUCGUGAAGUUGUAUGGCUGCUGCCUCGAGAGCAAGACACCACUGUUGGUUUAUGAGUGCCUGGAGAAUGGAAGCCUUGAUCACGCACUGUUUGCAAAGGGAGGCUUGAACCUAGACUGGCCAAGACGAUUCGAGAUAUGCUUAGGCAUAGCAAGAGGUAUAGCUUAUCUUCACGAGGAGUCGAGCGUCCGCAUUGUGCACAGGGACAUUAAGGCCAGCAAUGUCUUGCUAGAUGCCGAUCUCAACCCAAAGAUCUCGGAUUUCGGGCUUGCCAAGCUUUAUGAUGACAAGAAGACUCAUGUGAGCACAAAAGUUGCAGGCACAUUUGGUUACCUUGCACCUGAGUACGCCAUGAGAGGUCACAUGACUGAGAAGAUUGAUGUUUUUGCAUUCGGCGUGGUAGCGCUGGAGAUUGUUGCUGGUGAAUCAAACCAUCACACCACGCUUGAAGAGGAGACAACUUAUAUAUUUGAAAAGGUGUGGGAUCUUUACGAGAACGGCAACCCCCUGGACUUCGUGGACCCCAAGCUCUCGAAGUUCAAUAGUGAGGAGGUGCUCCGGGUGAUCCGCGUCGCGCUCAUCUGCACCCAGGGAUCGCCCCACCGUCGGCCGUCCAUGUCAAGGGUGGUGUCGAUGCUCACGGGAGACGCCGACUUGGCCGGGGAGGAGGUGAUCAAGCCGAGCUACAUCACGGAGUGGCAGGUCAAGGCCGGGAGCAGCAGCAGCUACACGGGCACGAGCAGCCAGGCCGGCCUGUCGUCAUCGUCGACCACGCAGCAGUCUUCCGGCGGCGGCCAUGCUGCGGGUGGGGAUGCCACGCCGGCGACCGGAAACCCGUCGCCGAUGUUCACCUCCAUCAUCGACGAGGGCAGGUGCACAUCACAUCUAUUUAUACAUCAGAGCUGA